AUGAAGCUCAUCCUCGCAGUCUUUGGCGCGUUACUCCGUCCCACGAGCGCGUCGGCGCAAACUACCUUUGACAACAGGCCCGCCCUGCAGACCGCGGCCGACCUGUGGUGCAGCGACGAGACGGCCGCCCUGGCUGAGUACGGCAACAUCGCGGACUGGGACGUGAGCUCCAUUACAGACAUGACCUGUCUGUUCAGCGCUUACUGCGGCGGCUCCGCGACCGGUAAGAGCACGUGCAACCCCGACAUUGGGUCGUGGGACACGUCUGCGGUUCUCUACAUGCGCCGCAUGUUCUGGGGCGCCUCCUCCUUCGACAGGGACAUCUCCUCGUGGGACACGUCUGCGGUUCUCUGGAUGGAAUACUUGUUCUGGGGCGCCUCCGCCUUCGACAAGGACAUCUCCUCGUGGAACACGUCUGCGGUUUUCUUCAUGAGCGGCAUGUUCGACGGCGCCACCUCCUUCGACAAGGACAUCUCCUCGUGGGACACGUCUGCUGUCCUCUACAUGACCCGCAUGUUCUACGGCGCCAUCUCCUUCGACAAGGACCUCAGCUCGUGGAACGUGUUGGCGGCCCGCCGCAUGGCCCUCAUGUUCAACGGCGCCUCCUCCCUCAGCGACUGCAACAAGGCGCUCAUCCAGGCCAGCUUCAGCGUGCAGACGAGCGCGUGGCCCUCCUACUACAACUCGUGGGGCUCCUUUGCGUGGGCCGCCCCGCGCUGGCGGGAAGAGGCGCGCCGAGCCAUCGGUGACGUCCUGGCGAGCUCAUGUCCCCCCAAAAGGUCGCACCCGCCCGUGGCUCCGCCGUCGGCUCCGCCGCGAGCGGCGACGGUGAGGCCGCCGGGGCUCGCCUAUACCGGCUAG